AUUUAUUUUUCAGUAAUGGCGCUUGGAAUUCUGCUCCGCAUUGAUUGCGUAGUGGCGGCUAUGAAUCCUCUUAGCGCCACGUGUUUGGUUUCUACUGGUAGGAGUGCCUCGUUUCCGGUGAGUGUCUUUUCAGUUUUCCCGCACUUUCCAAGGCAGAAACGUUUGAUCUCUUUUGGUUUUUCCUUUUUCCAUUUCUCCAUUGUCUGUGCAGUUGUUCUCUCCUACGCGUAUUUUGCUCCUCAACUCCUCAGUUUUCUUCCUAACUUCCAGGUACGCCCACCCCAUUUUACGCUUUUCUUUCCUUUUCAGUUUUCCCUUGUAUUUGUGUCGCUUGAAUUCUUUUUCCUUUUCUGUACUGGUUUCUCCUCUCACUGAGUGGUGGGGUUAGUUCUUUUUCUUUUUCUCUCCUUUAAUGGUGGACACCUUCGAAGUUAGGCGUAGCUUCCCUUCCGUAGCCUUUCUCCUUGCCCGCCUAGGUUCCUUGGUAGAGCUGUCUGGUGACCUAUUGGGUGCGCCUUCCCUCGCCGGUUCGUAUCCUGUGGUGGAGGAAUUUGUUAAUAGGGGUUCUGGGUUAGGUUCGGCGUUGGGUGUUUUAUACCCCCUUCUGUUGGAGUCUCAGGCUUGGUUUCGGUCUAUCAGAGGGCAACUAAGAGGGGAAAAUAUGGGUUUAGAGGAAGGGUUAGGUGAUCUAGAGGGGGGCUCGUCCUCAAAUGUGGUUGAGGAAGAGACCGGGAUCGUCGCUAUAACCACCACUCCUUCCCGUGUUCCUUCGUCCUCCCAUUCCCCUGUUCCGGCGACGGCCCGUCGAUUUCAUGCCUUGAAGGAAAAUUGCUCCUUAAAAGUUGAGGUUUUUAGUAAGUUUAAGGACAGAUUUCAAUUUCCAGAGGGAACUAAGGCUCGUCUACCCAGGAAGGGCGAAAAAGCUUGUGCCUUUGCCCACGGAGAGGUUUGCUUUUACGAGGCAGCUUUUUCGUGUGGCCUCCGAUUCCCCGUCCAUCCAUUCAUAAUGGAGCUUCUUUACCAUUUUAACCUUGCACCGGGGCAAAUUAUGCCUAACUCUUGGAGAAUAGUGAUUAGCUGCAUGGUGAUCUGGACGACCAUUGCUGACGGGGAUAUGAUCUCAGUUAAUGAGUUUGUCUACUUGUAUCGUCUGAAAGAGUCCAGGGAGUUUGGGUACUACGAGUUCGUCCCUUGGUCUAGGAAGGCCCGUCUGGUAGCUGACCUUCCGUCGUCCUUUCGCUACUGGAAGUCAAGAUACUUCUUUGUAUCUGGGGACGGUUGGGAGACGCUGCCCGACGAUCUGUGGGGGAAUGUUCCUAGGUUGCUGCGACGAUGGGAGACCCCGUUGAUUGUGAAAGACCGUCCGGAGCUAGAGGCCAGGUUUGCCAAGCGAGUGCAGGCUGCUCUUGAAUACGCCAGGACGAUAGAAGAUUUUGGAGAGCUGAUUGAUCCGCGAACCUUGGCUCGUCACUGCCUGGGGCCAGAACCUUCACUUUACGUCCUCAAAAUGACGUCAAAAUUCAACAAGGAGAUGUAUGCUAAAAUCAAGGGCAAAAAGAAUGAGCCCCUUUCCAGCAUAGGCCAGAAGCGGCUGAGGAUCACGGACAGGGAGAAGGAGAAAGAGGUAGUGGAGAGAGGGUCGUCCACACCUACCCUUGAUCUGGACGAAGGUCUGCUUGCAUCUCCUGGAGUUUCAAUCGAGGAGGUUGCUCGUCCCUCGAAGAAGCAGAAAGCUGCUAGCAAGGGAAAAGGGAAAGCUGAUGCCAGCGUCUGGUCAGAUGCAGGGACGGCCAUGGACCGUGCUACCGAGCUCUUUACCCCUGCUGAGAUGAGGGAAGUUACGAGCAUUCCUUCACACGAGAUGGUGAGCCGCCACGUCCACAAACUCGUGCAGGUGUUGGGGGAGACCAUGCACAUCACCACUCAGUACCUGGCAAAUGAGGAGAAGGCCGUCGUGGCCAACUCGAAGGUAGACGCUUUGGAGGCUGAAGCUUCUGGUUUGCGCAAGGACUUGAUCACAACUAUGGACUCUCUCAACGCUUCUAAGGAGCAAGUCCGCGUGCUGACGGAGCAGCUGGAUUCUGAGAGACAAACCGUGAAGCAAAAGGACGAACUUCUAGCGACGGCUGCUCAGAAGAUGAAGGUUGCGGUAGCCAAAGCCGUCACUGCCUUCCAAUCCUCUGAAGAAUACAACACCCUUCUCUUCCAGUGGUACUUUAAAGGGUUCGAGCUGCUGCGAAGGUAUCUCGUCAAGCAUGGUCCUGUCGUGAGUCUUGACGAUCUGGACUUUGAAGCUGUUGACAAGGAGAUUGAGGAGGACGAGGCGGCUCAAACAGGAGUGUCCACCGGCGUUGAACCACCUCAGGCUACUCAGGACGAUGAAAUUCCCCCUUCAGCCUAG